CAAAGCAGGCAACGGCAAAAACGCGCCAACUUCCCAAAUUUGCACAACAACGUUCAACUUGCUGCUCCGCUUCUAGCUUAAAUUUGUGCCUAAAAACGAUAAAAUCCGUAGUUUUGUUACAUAGUUUCGUUACAAGUCACAGUGCUGUUACUUUUAGUGAAUUCCUUUGUUAAUUUGUUGCUUUUUGAGGUGUAACUUUCGAACAAAACGUUCCGUCCGAUUCACCGGUUGUUUUUGUUUACAUUUUUUUGUUGGAAUCUUGUUUCGAAAUUAAGCCAAACUUUCACGAUCAUUCCGGAAAAGGAUGGCAUCGAUCGUGGGCAAGAUCAAGUCCACCGCCGUGAAGGAUUUUGUGACCUACGACGUCGCAAUCUUCUAUCCCGAUGAGCACCUGAACAUCAUCAUCGGGCCGAACGGCACCGGCAAGUCUACGAUUGUGGCCGCGGUCGUGCUCGGAAUGGGCGGCCACUGCAAGCUGCUGUCCCGGUCUUCGAGUAUCGAAGACUACAUCAAGAACGGCAAAGAGGUGGCCAAGGUCGAGGUGGCGAUCUAUAAAAACGCCAAGCGUGAAACCAUCAUGUUCAAUCGGACGUUCGAUCGCAGUGGGCUGGACCGGUUCGAGAUCGACGGCACGAAGGUGUCGCACAAGGAGUAUCUGAAGCGCAUUCGGGCGUUGAACAUCCAGAUCGAUAACCUGUGCCAGUUUCUGCCCCAGGACCGGGUGCAGGACUUUACCAAGAUGAAUCCGCGCGAGCUGUUGCUGAACACGCAGGCGUCGGUUUGCGCUCCGCGGAUGAUUGAACUGAUGGACGAGCUGAUGGACAAACGUAAGCAGCAGAAGACGGUCAGCAAGUCCAACACGGAUUGUGCGACCAAGCUGAAGGAGGCGGAAGCGAAGAACGAAGCUCUUCGCGUUCAGAUCGAGAACAUGAAGGUGCGCAAGCAGUACGAGAAGGAGGUGGAAGUUUGCAACGCCCGGAAGGCGUGGUUGGAGUACGAGACGUUGUUCUUAGACUACAACUCGACGAAGGACGACCUGCAGCUGGCUAAGCGGAACAUGGACGAGAAAAAGAAGAAGGUGGAUCCGCUGAAGAGCAAGGCGGUCAAACUGAACAAAACCAAGGACGAGUUGAACGGGAAGAUUAAGCUGGAGCAGAAUGACAUGCAGCAGCACUCGGGCCAGCUGCGGCAAAUGGAAACAAAGUCGGAACAGCUGGAGGACUCGAUCGGGAAGCAGAAUCGUGACCUGCAAGAUGCGAUCUCGGCGGCGGCCGAUCGUCAAAACGAGAUGGAGCAGGCCAACAAGGCACUCUCGCUGGCGAUUCAAGACUGCAAAAUCGCCAUGCAGGAAGUUGGCCAGGAGGGCGAGCAGGGCCAGCGAAAGCAGGAUCUGGAUCGUCGUAUCGGAAAGCUGCGCAGCGAAUGUGACCUGCUGAUGAGUCGCCGGAACGAGCUCAACCAGAAGAUCGAGACGGACCUCAAGCCGGAAAUGGUCGGCAUUCAGCGACGUAUUGAGUCGCUGGAGAACGUUGGCCAACUGAAGAUGCGGCUGCUGCAGUCACAGUUCGAGACUGCCUACCAGGCGACGAUGUGGCUGCGUGAAAACGAAAACCUGUUCCGAGGGAAGAUCUACGAGCCCAUCAUCUUGGAACUGAACGUGCCGAACCCGGAGAACGCCAAGUAUCUGGAGAACACGAUCGGCAAGCGAGACUUGAUCGCAUUCACGUGCGAGGACCGGGACGAUAUGGCGCUGUUUCUGCGGAAGGUUCGCCAAGAGAUGAAGCUGGAAGGAGUGAACGCGGUGUUCUCCGAACCUGCGGACCAACUCAAUUACCACCCGAGAAUCCCGAUCGAGCAGCUCGCCCGUUACGGCUUUCAGUCGUACCUUAUCGACAUGGUGGAGGCACCGUUCCCAAUCCUGAACUUUCUGUGCAAAUCGUACCAGCUGCACAACGUUCCGGUCGGCGUCGAGGACACGUCCAAGCACACCUCCCAAAUCCCGGACGGAAUUCAGAUGUUCUUUACCCCGCGCAAUCGCUUCCGAGUGUCCAAGUCACGCUACACGGGCGAAAAGAGCAGCCGCUGCGACGACCUGCACCAGCUGAACCUGCUCAACAAAAACGUCGAUCCGGAGCUGCUGAACGAGCGCAAGCGUGCCCUGCAGCGGCUCGUCAAGGAGUGCGACAAAAUCCGUAACCAUCGCGGCGAAAUCGAAAACCAGCUCAAGCAAAUCCAAGAUCAGUGCUCGGAACUGACCGCCGAACGGCGCCAGCUCGAUGAAAAGUUCAACCACUACCAGCAGUGCAAGCAGAAGAUCAAGCGACUCGAGCAAAAGUGCAACGACCUGCAGCGACGCCAAGUCAACGUUGACACGGAGAAGGAAAAGUCCAAAGCGUCCUGCAAGAAGAUUAUCGAAAGUCUGCUACAAGUCCAAGCGAACAAAGUCGAAAUGCUGGAAAAGUACGUCCUCGCAACAGCCAAACACGAGGUCUACAAGCAGAAGCUGUCAAUCUUCCUAACCAAGAACGCCGACCUCGAAGGGGAGAUCCGUUCCGCCGAGGACGCGCUGGACGCGGCCAAGCGAACGCACGACAUGAUGACGCGCAAAUUCGACGACAUCAAGGAAAAGCUAAAACGCAAGCAAUCAUUCGCCAAAACCCUGACCAACAACCAAACCCCGAACAGCGAUCAGUUCCCGUUCAAGAAAGAGUUCGACAAGCUGCCCGGCGCACUCGAAGAGCUCGAGAACCACAUGGAGGAGCUGAAGGCGCGCAUCGACUGCAUGUCCCGCGACAAUGGGAACAUCCUAGAGGAGUACGAAACGCGCUGCCGGGAGAUCGAAUCGCUGCGGGCGGCGAUCAACGAUUCGACCAAGAACAGUGACGCGCUCGAGGCGGAACUGCAGCGGCUGCACGACCAGUGGUAUCCGGAGAUCAACCGGGUCGCGGAGGUCAUCAACGGGAACUUUUCGAGGUUUAUGAGCACGAUGGGAUUCGCCGGCGAGGUGGAGAUCACCAGGAAUGGGGAGCGCGACUACGACGAGUACGGCAUCCAGAUCCGCGUCAAGUACCGCAACGCGGAGAAGCUGCAGGCGCUCGACCGGCACGUCCAGUCGGGCGGCGAGCGGGCCGUCGCCAUCGCCAUCUACACGCUGUCGCUGCAGCACAUCACCCACGUCCCGUUCCGGUGCGUGGACGAGAUCAACCAGGGCAUGGACCCGCGCAACGAGCGCAAGGUGUUCGAGAUGCUGGUGGACGAAACGUGCCGACCGGGCCAGUCGCAGUACUUUUUCGUGACGCCCAAGCUCCUUCCCGACCUCAAGUACAACGACCUGAUGAGUGUUUUCAUCGUGCACAACGGCAAGUUCAUUUCGGAUUCGCACAUCUUUGUGCGGGACCAGAUGAUCGAGGCCAACUAGGUGGCCGCGGCGUUGAACAUCCCUCAAGUACCUGUGUUAUCUCGCUUUAGUUUAGUUUUAUUUCGCACGGCUCAAACGUGGUCAUUUCCUUUCUCACAUUCCUUUCCCUGAUGAGGUUGGCAACAUUGUCACUUGGAAUCUGAGCGCGCGCGCGUCCGCGUCACGUUUCAAUCCGGAUCGAUUGCCAUGCUUGCGCACCAGCAGCCAUAAUCGGUUGCAAAUUAUUUUAAAUGUCCCCGUCUCUCUCUCGCGUGCGCUCUUCCCUCCUCUUUGCUGCAAUACAUGACCAAAAGGAACAAUUAAAAUAGCGUAACGUGAUAAUGAUUUAAUCGGACUUUCUAAAAAUAAAGCAAAACCUCUUGAGCGAAGAAGAAACAAGUUUGGAUGCGAAUCGAGUGUGUGUGUGUGUGUGUGUGUGCG